CACACUUGAUGACGAGAUUUUUAUUUCAACCAGGGAGGUUACGAUACAAAGUUCCCACUGUGGAAAUGAAUUUUCCGGUUUGCCGGUGUUAUCAGCUAGAUAACAAAAAGUGUGUCAGCUGGACGGGCGACAGUUCAGAUCACCUGCCUUGGCGAGCUGUACUAGAUGUUCGUGGGGAGAAUACCAGGAAAUAGCAUAACGCCCAUUAACGGGAUGUCAGCUGAACAGCCAGUCACAGAGCGGGUUAACCCACUGUCUGUCAACAUUGACGUCUCAACACCUCAAGAUAUAAUUUCAAUCCUGCAAACAUGUGACGAGGAAAUCUUUUCUGGAUGGCAGAAUUACCCAGGGAUGUUUGAUGCCAAGAUCCUGGAAACACUCACUGCCAUAGCAACCAAGGCUGUUGAAAUCAUGAAGCUUGGAAGCCGAGGUGCCAUUGUCUUCAGUGGGUGUGGGACGUCUGGAAGACUAGGUUUUAUAACCGCUAGAACAUUCAAUAUGAAGCUGAAGAGUGCCGGCAGGGAGCCAUGUUGUCACUACAUCAUGGCAGGGGGAGACAGAGCUCUGUUCACGUCCCAGGAAGCUGUAGAGGACGACCCUCCAUGUGGUAUGGAGGUACUAAACAAAGUAUGCAAAGAUAAGGAAAGGGUAUUAUUUAUAGGAAUAACAUGUGGGUUAUCAGCUCCAUUUGUGGCCGGACAGCUUCACUUGUGUAUGGAGCAGCCUGGUAAAUACAUACCUGUGUUGCUGGGAUUUAACCCCAUCUGUCUAGCCAGGAAUCUUCCUAUUGAAAAGUGGGACAAAACCUUUCAGCAAGUUAUCCAGAGAUUGGAAACACAUCCAAAUGGAUACAUCUUAAACCCAGUUGUCGGGCCUGAGCAAAUCACUGGCUCCAGUCGCAUGAAGUCUGGCAGUGCCACGAAGAUCCUGCUGGAGGCUGUUCUAGUUGCCGCAUACCUGAAGACAUGUAAAGACAAGGAUGUCAGAGUACAAGACUUGCUGAAAGGUUACCACAUGGUGUGUGACUCCGUGUAUUCCAGGCAGGCUGAGAUUGCUAACAUCGUGGAACUUGCGGGGAAAAGUCUGAAGGCAGGGGGCCACAUCUACUACAUAGCCCAGGAUAGUCUCGGGAUCAUGGGAAUGAUUGAUGCCUCAGAGUGUCCACCUACUUAUGGAGCAACUUUGGAUGAUAUAAGAGGCUUUGUUGCGACUGGAUUUGAUUUUCUCAGGAAUAAUGAUGGAGAUAUUUCGGACCAGGGCAAGCAUUUCCGAAUCUCACUGGCUAACUUCCAAGAAGAGGUAACGCCUACAUUGUCCAGUGAUGAUCUUGUGGUGGUGCUUCUACAAGACACAUCCAGUCUUCCAUGUGUGGAAGGCCUGUCAUGCAGGAGAGCGUGCGUCAUCAUAGGCAGUGAGCACACCCAGGUAGAUCCGGUGAAACUUGAACGGUUUGCCGCUGUAGUACAGGUGUCUCUGCCCAGUACAUCCCUGGCCGGAGUUGUGGGGAGACUGUCGUGACUGAGUUGGCAGCUGUACCGAGAGAUGGCUGUCAAGUGGGUGUUGAAUGCCGUCACCACCGGAGGACAUAUCCUCAAGGGCAAGGUGUUCCAGAACAGUAUGGUGGACGUGAAAGUCAGUAACAACAAGCUGUUUUACCGAGCUGUUGGCAUCAUCCAGCGUUACUCCAAGUUGAGUCAGCGUGAUGCCCAGGACUACCUCCUUCGUUCCAUCUAUAACACAGACAGUGUGACGGCACAGACACAAACAGCUGCUGUGGCAGAACAUAUCCAGACAGCCACACCACAACACAGGGUCGUCCCAACUGCCCUGAUAGCUGCCCUGUGCCACUGCUCCAUCACACAAGCCCGGGAAAAACUGGAUGCACAGCCCAUCAUCCGUAGCAUCAUCCAGUCCUCGCUAGAGAAGAAAAGGGUUGAGUAACCAUGGAAAUCAGUUUUAAGAUGUCUGCUACCUCAUGUACCUCCUUUAAGUGAAUUACAGACAUUCAGGGAAAUGGAAUAAUAUGGGCAUUAUAUUUCACUAAUCAUGGGUCAGUUUAUCACUUGUCAGAAGGUCAAAAUAUGCCUGCUGAUUAGAAACCACAGACCAAACCUUUUGUAAUAUUGGUGCUAGUCAGGGCUUGUUUUCAGUGUGGUGUAUAUAUAUACUCAUGGAAACAAAUAAGGGAACACAUGAAAGUACAAGUGUUCCUUUAUUCAUUCCCAGAAUUUCACCCACAGUGCAAUACAUACCUUGUUAAGAAACCUGGAAAUAUGUUCAUGUGUUACCUUAUUUGUUUCCAUGAGUAUAUAUACAUCGUCAGUACUACAUGGGUUUGUAGAUGCUAAGUCCUUUCAUCACUGGUGAAUACAUAUGACACAUUGUAGUAUAUUAUUGACAGAGUCCUGUUUACAGUCAGGAGGACUCAUGGAGCCCUUUACCUUGCUGGAAGUAUAUGUGAACCCUCUAUAGAAAUGUGUAGAGACCGCAUGGCUAUGGCAAAUGUCACUGAAGGAUAUUGCUUAUGUGAUCUGGGUUCCCUGGGCCCUUCACCAUGGAACCAACUCAUGGUUGGAUUGUUUAGUUAAAAAUAGUGACCACAACACGAUCUGUAAUAAAAGUUAUAUUUGGGAUUACUCUCUCAGUAAAGCACAGAUUGUUGUACUUACGUUGAGUACCCAUCCAGGAUUUGAACCCACACCAUCAGAGUCAGGCGCCCAAUCACCAGCAGACAAAGUCAGCCGCCUAACCCACUGAGCCA